AUGACACCCUGGUCUGUCCCACCUGCACCAGCACCUGGUUACACCGCUACUUUCCUGGGGAGGGUGAAUGGGACCCCAGCACCGCUGGUGCUGAUUCUGUGUCUACCCCAGGGCCAGGCGCUGCGCUCUGCCCUGCACUACUUCUGCUGCCCUCUCUACAAUGACAAGGUCACCUUCCAGAAAGAGAUGUUCCGCCUGGGCAUCAAAAUCCCGGACAGGGAUGAUGCCUGGGAGGAGGAUGGAGCCUUUGCCAGCCAUUAUCAGCGGCACAGCUCCUGCGACACCAGCCAGUGCCUGUGCCCCGUGGGACGGGAGGAGGCAGAGGAGAAUGGGCCCUGGCAACUGCUGCUCUGCCACUCCUGUGGUUCCCAAGGGACCCACCAGCGCUGCUCCAACCUGGGAGAGGAGGUGGAUUCCUGGCAAUGUUGUGACUGCAGUGACACGGGCACUGGUGAGGGCUGCAAGCUGGGGGGCGGGACACAAGAUCCCAAGAGCCAUGUGGCCACCACUGCUACUUGCUAG